AUGUACAGUCGUCUUGAGAAUGAGAAUCAAUCUUUAUGUAAUUCUUUAUCAUCAUCUUUGACAUCUCCGACAGUAAUCCUCCAUCAUCACCACCGCCCAGAUCAUCACGGUCAUCAACAUCAGCAACAACAACAACUAUCACAAAUUGCACAACCACAACAUCUUAAAACUUAUCAACAUAAUUCGCAUCGUUUUGAUCAUCAUCAUCACCAUCAACAACGAGAGGAACUGUGUCAUUCGGAUCCCGUACCAUUUUAUCACGAUAGUCCCAUGUUAUCAUGGAAUCAAACAGAUUCACUGUCACAGUCAUUACCUUCUAAUUCAUUGAUGUUUCUUACAUCAAAUAAAGAUUUUCCUUUGCAAUCCGAGCAAAACGUACUGGAAUCUAAUCCAAGUUCGGAUGUAUCAAUUCAACAUCAUUCAUGUCUAAACCAUCAUCAUCCUCACCAACAACAUCAUCAAGAGCAGACUCAAUUUGCAAAAAGUAUUCAAUCGCAAAAUUAUUGUCAUCAUCAUCAUCAUUGUAAUUUUCGGAUGACCCAUAAUCAUCAUUCUUUAAAUCAAUUGACAAAUCUCAUGUCAAAUCGAACUACAAAUAACUCAUCGUCAUCAUUACAAUUAUCGGAAGUACCAAUAAUAUCUGGAACAGAGACAUUAUCGACAAUGACCAAUCAGGUUCCAGCGUAUCACUUAAACAGCACUUGUUUUCCAGUUGAAAAAAUUGAGAAUACGUUUCAACGUGAUACUAAUAAUUUAUCAUUGAACAAUAUUACUACGAGAAAUGAUUAUAUGAACUUCAACUUACCAAUAACUACUACUCAAUCAUUCAUCGCGUCAUCACCAUCAUCGUCCAUAUCUUCAUCAUUUUCCUCAUUGACCACACAAUCACACGGUACGAAGAAUAAAUGUAUUUAUAAAAAUUUAAAUAAUCGUAAUGUACAAAAAUCAGUAAAUAAUGUAAAAUUAUUCAAUGUCAGUGAUCAGUCAAGUCUUAAGACAUUGAAUGAUAAUCAUAAUGUAAUUGACACUCCAACAAACUUAUCAUUUAUAGAUACAACGAAAGCAACUGUCAUGGGGAUAACAUCGAUAUCAAACAAUAAAGGAAUACUAAGUGGAUUAAAUAUGAAAGACAGAAAGCCAUGUGAUAUAUGUGGUGAUGUAGCUGCCGGUUUUCAUUGUAAUGCAUAUGUCUGUGAAGCAUGCAAGAAAUUUUUUAUUCGUAGUUCAAAAGGAGAGAAUUUCACUAAAUAUACAUGUACCAAGUCGAAUACAUGUGAAAUCAAUAAAGAUACACGUACACAUUGUCAGCGAUGUCGUUAUCAAAAGUGUAUACGAUUAGGCAUGGUAUUACCGGGAGCUGCAGUGUUUCCAGUUACUGAUAUAUCAGAAAUACCAUGCCGUGUUUGUGGCGCCAAAUCAUCUGGAUUCCAUUUUGGUGCAAUAACAUGUGAGGGUUGUAAGGGUUUCUUUCGACGAACAAUUAAUGAACGAGAAAGUCAACGCUACACUUGCAGAAAUGGAGGUAAUUGUGCUGUUACCGGUGCUACAAGAAAUAACUGUAAAAGUUGUCGAUACCGUCGAUGUUUAGCUGUUGGUAUGUCAAAACAUGGCAGUCGUAUCGGUCGUCAACCUAAUGCCAUUAAACAUCGUUGUGCCGUUGAAAUUGAACAAAUCCGAUCAGCAGUAUCCAAUUCAACUGUACAUUCUAAACUAUAUUCGAAAUCCAAUUGUCCAGUAAUUUCAAAUUACCAUUCAUCAUAUAAUUUAUUAUCCCCAAUAAAUAAUUCAUUACAUAAACUGAAUGAUUCAUUAAAUCAAGACCAUUAUGAAUAUAAAAUUAAUGAUAAUAAUAAUAGUAAAGAGAGUAUGAUUUCAAACCAGAACUGCUUAAAUCAAUCCACUAUAAAAACUACGGGUUUGACACAUUUAAUUACAGCACCUUAUCAGCAGUCGUCAACUAUAGAAUCAAAUAUCAAUGUAAAACUUACAGAACAAGGUAAUGAAUUACAUGAAUUAAGUGAUAAUGAUAAUAAUCUACGAAUACCGUCAAAAGUAGAUUUUACAUCAUUAUAUCAACAUUGUACACCUUCAGUACAUGUCCAAACAAUUUGUCAUCAAGAUUCAAAUGAAAUACAAUUUUGUGAAAAUAAUUGUUUAUCUAGUCAGGAUGAUGAAUUCAUCGUUAAUCCCACAUCACAACUAUCCUCAACUUCGACUAAUUCUGAAGCAAUGAUUUUAGUUGCAACAGGAACAUCGCCUCAUCCUCCACCACCACAACCACCACCGGCAAUGAAUACUACUAUCAUGGCAACAAAAUCAAUGCCAGAAAGUGUAGAUUGUUUAAAUAAACAAAAAGAAUUUAAUGAAUUAAUAAAUAAUAGUUAUUCGUCAAUUGGUUUAAUAAAUUUGUCUAGAGCAGCACAAUUCUAUAGUCAACAUGAAAAAGAUUUUCAAAUACAAUACGAUGAGAAUAAUUUCGAAUCAAAUUCUGAUAUAUGCAAAAAUAGAGAUAAUAUUGUUAAAACAAGAAGAUAUAACCAAUUAUAUCUAAAUAGUAAUGUUAAUAAUGAUACUACUGCUACUACUACUACUACUACUGAUACCAUUGAGAGUAGCACUAAUAAUCAGUAUAAAAAAUCGAGAAAAGAAGACAAAAAUAAGGAAUAUUUACAUUAUGAAAAUUUACAGUUAAAAAAAGAACCUAACCAAUGGAAUGAUAUCGUGUUAAGAACAAAAAUAAUCGGGAACGAGCCACAAUUGUCUAUGUCAAAUUGGAACAUUACACAAGAAGAUGAUAUAAAUCGGAUAAUUUACAACAAUUCAAUUCAAUGUAAUAAUGAAUUAAAUGAAAUUCAUAAUUCGAAACAUAUGAAAAUCGAUGAAAUCAUGAACACAUCCUCAUCCUCAUCACCAAUAAGAAAUAAUCGAACUCCUCGUUAUUCUUCCCAAUUACCCUCAUCCCCAUUAUCAUCGCUAUCACUGUGUAGUUCAUUGACAAAUUCAACAUUGUAUUCAACAUUAAAAUCAAAUUGUUGUUUAAAUUCAAUUGAAUCAUAUAAUUUAAAUUCAACAAUCGAUAAUUCAAUUCAUCAUUCAAUCAAUAAUGAUAAACAACAAUCUGAUGAUUCAUAUGAAUUAACUGAACAAGAUCAUAAUAAAUCAAUAUUUCAUCAUUUAAAUCAUAAUGAUUGUAAUAAAUUUUCUAAUUCAACAAUCAUAACUGAAUAUAAUGAUGUACAGAAUGAAAAUUAUUUAACUAAUAUUUAUGAAGAAGAAUUAGUUCAAAGUAAACGAUGUUUAUUUAAAAAUCUACAUUCAUCAUUCACUUCCUCAGGUAGUCAAUAUUAUUCACCAUCAAAAUCUUUUUUAAAUCGAUAUCAUACAUCGGUUUCAGUUAAACCGAAAUUAUGUAAUCAAACAAGUUAUCAAGAAGAUAAUUGUCAAACUUCAAAGUUAUUAUUUCAAUUUAAUGUAGAUAAAUAUCAACAGAUGAAUAAUACUGAUAGUAUUUUAGAAAAUUUCACUAUAUCUAGACUACAUAAAGUCACCAAAGAUGAUUCAGUAAACAAUUAUUCCUGUAAUAAUAAUUCAGUUAAACAAGAGGAUGUUAUAGGGAAUGAAAACCAAGCUAUGACAUCUAAUAUGUCAUCUGAAUGGACAGAUAAUAUAAACCUACGAAGGAAGCGGAUCCAUAUGCCUAAAAAUUCAAAACUAUAUACAACUUAUAAUAAAACAAUAUUUAAUGAUUCAACAGAAUCAUUAAUAACACCAUCAACGUAUCAAUUAAAUAUAUCACAAGAUAAAACUGAUUUUCCAAUAUAUUCAAACAAAAAAGAUGAUGAAUAUACAUAUGAAUUAGGUGAUAAUGAUGAAAGGAAUCGAAUGAAAUAUAGACAAACUAGUGGUAGUAGUAGUAGUUUAUUAGAAUCACCAAUUAUAAUUAUUGAUAAUCAAUUGUCUACUUAUGAAGAUGAUCAAAUUAAUAAUAGAUCAAUUAGUCCUAAUCAAAAGCAAUAUGAUCAACAACAACAACCUCGAUUAUUAAAUUUAUUAGAGAAAAUUGAUUUAGAUAAAGAAUUCAUGAUGGAACAGUUAAAAUCAACUAAUAUUACUACUUAUUCAAGUUUAAAUAAAUGUAUAGAAGAAAUUCCUAGCAUUGAUUCUAUCAAAGCUCAUUAUUCUUAUAAUACUUCAAAUAAUAUGUUCGGAAUGGUUUGUAAUAAUGAAUAUGAAUCAACUUAUAGUAAUAAUAAUAAUAUCAAUAAUGAUACAAUAACUAAUACAUCUGUAAAUAAUAAUUUAACAUUUUCAAGAAUGUCAUCAUCACAGUUAAUUCCAAUAGCAAAUGAUAUAUUGAACACAUCAAAUUACCUGGAUUUUUAUAUGACCAACAAAUAUACUGAUGAUAAUUCAGAUGAACACAAUGAAUCAAAUUUACAUUCAAAUCGAAGCAUAUCUGAUUUUCAUAAUUCACCCGUGCAUUUGCAAUCUUCUAACAUUACAAAUGAAUGCAAUGAAACAAUACACCUAUUAAGGUUAAAUAAUCAGUCUACUCGAAACGAUGAGCUUCUUCGGAAUAUUAGAAAUGCUGCAUUUCAGUUACUUCAUUGUCAGUGUAAAUUACCUGAAAAUCUACACUUCUUAGAUGAAACUAAACAAAAUCCAGAAAUUCUAUGGCACAAUUUAAUGAAAUAUUUUGAAAGUCAUAUUUAUGAAAUCAUUCGAUUUGCCCAAUCUAUCCCUAGUUUCCAAGAACUUUCAGAGUAUGAUAUGAAAAUUUUAAUUCAACAAAGUAUCUAUCCAAUUAUUUUAAUUCAAUUAUCUCAAGAUUUCAGUAAUAAUAAAACAAAGGAAUAUUUUUAUUUGAAUAUUCAAAGUCAAACAAGCUUGAUAAAUCAAUUCUCAUUGUGUAAAAUAUUAUUUGAACAAAUUAAUUUAACAAACAAAUUAUUGAAAUCAUUAAAUUUAAAUGAAACAGAAAUUGGUUUAUUAUGCUGCGUUGAAUUAUUUCACGGAGAUGGAAAAUGUUUGAAUGAACCAAUAAAAGUAAAUGAAACUUAUCAAACAAUUCUUCAAUUAUUAAAAGAAUAUGAAACAAAUCAGUUCAAUUCAGAGAAACGUUUUUAUAAAAUAAUGUCUAUUAAACAUAAUUUAGAUAGAAUGAAUAAAGAACAUCAAGAAAUAUUAAAAAUACUUAAAUAUAAAAAUAAUUAUUUACCAUUUUCUGAUUUAUAUAUUCAAUUAUUUCAGUUAAAUGAAUUACAACAUUUGAAUCAGAGAUCAUUUCCAAUAGUUACAUCAUAA